GCACACUGAUUGCUGCAGGGCCCUUUAACAGAACUCACAUGGAACUCCUGGCCGGUUCUGCCCCGCGUGCUGGCAGUUGAAGCCCUAACGGACCAGACCGAGCUGGGGGCUCGAAUCUGUCAGACUCUCUUUGGGCUUGAUAACUUCACACGUAUCCGAUUUUUUAAAGUGAAUCUUUACAGCUAACACAUAAGCUAGCGAUUAGACCUGCUCACAGAGGCUCUGUUUACAUAUCUGACAGCUGUAACAUAACUUGAGACGCCGUCGGUAACCUCACCGCGAAGGAUAACUCGUUAUCCUAGCCCGGUUUAUUAGAAAUAGUAACGUUAACGGUCACAACAGGUUAUCUGAGUCUAGUAACUCCGAGCUGUCGAGAUGACACAGGAACUCGAGCAAAUUCUUUCACAGCUGACUCAGCCUGACAAUGCUGUCAUACAACAGGCCACCGCCCAGCUCAAACAGGCUUUCAAAGACCCAGCCAUUAUACCGGCCCUGUGUGCUGUCAUGAGUGGCUCCCAAAACCCUCAGAUCCGCCAGUCAGCUGCAGUGAUGCUGAGGUUGAGAGUGAAGAAACACUGGAAGAAGAUAAGCCCUAAUGAUAGAGAGAGCCUUAAAGCAGUGGUGUUACAAACCUUCAUGCAAGAAACAGAGCACACAGUGCAGCACUCGCUGUCCCAACUGUGUGCAGUGAUGGUUAAACAUGAGACACCAGACCGCUGGCCUGCCUUACUGCAGCUCCUCAAUGAAUCCACCAAGAGCAGCAACCCUCAUGACAGACAGGUUGGCCUCCUGCUGCUGAAUAAGGUGAUGGAGUCCAACCCUGAGUCUUUCAAGCCUCACUACUGCCAGCUGCUAAUGCUGUUCAGUACUGUACUGCAGGACCACAGCAACCCAACAGCCUUGUACUACUGCAUCCUCACCCUCACAGCCAUAACUGCAUAUACAGGCACAGAAGAGAUGAACCAGAUGCGUUCCAUCAUCCCCAGUCUCAUUGUUGCUCUGAAACACCUUAUCAAGGCAGAUCAGGACCAAGCCAGCGAGGCCAUGGAGGUGUUUAAUGAGCUCAUGGAGAGUGAGGUGUCCAUCAUCGUCCCUCAUGUUACUGACAUUGUCCGCUUCUGCUUGGAGGUGGGCAGUGAUACCACACUGUGUGACUCUCUGCGGGUGAAAGCACUCUCUUGUAUUGCCUUCCUCAUCAAGCUGAAGAGCAAGACGGUGCUGAAGCAAAAGCUGCUGAACCCCAUCCUGCAAGCCAUUUUCCCUGUGCUGAUAGCAGCUCCUCCACCUGGUGAGCAGGACCCAGAGGAUGAGGAGGAUGACAGUGGAGAUGGCACAGACAAUGACAAUCCCAAACACUGUGCGGCUCAGAUUAUUGACACUAUGGCACUCCAUAUGCCCCCAGAGAAACUGUUUCAACAUCUGAUACCCCUCACCCAGACCUGCCUUGCCAGUGAAGACCCCUAUCAGAAAAAGGGGGGUCUGAUGUGUCUUGCCGUGCUGGCUGAAGGAUGUGCCGACCACAUACGCACCAAGAUGCUGUCGUCAAUGCUGCAGACAGUGUGCCAGAGUCUUUCUGAUAGUAAUCAGGUGGUACGCAGUGCAGGUCUUUUUGCCCUGGGGCAGUUCUCUGAACAUUUACAGCCUGAAGUGAGCAAAUACUGUGCAGAGUUGAUGCCUUUGUUGCUGGGCUACCUUUCUUCAUUGAAGGAGGCUAAGGUCGGCCAUGUCACCAAGGCCUUUUAUGCUCUGGAGAACUUCAUGGAAAACCUAGGAGCAGAUAUUGAGCCCUACCUACCCACCCUGAUGGACACUAUGUUGUCUGCUCUCAACAACACUGAAAACCUCAAGAUAAAAGAGCUUGUCGUGUCUGCCAUAGGGGCCAUAGCCAAUGCUGCCAAAGAGCUGCUGGUUCCCUACUUCCCUCCAGUUAUUGAAAGUCUGAAGGGCUUCCUCACCACCACCACAGAGGAAAUGAGGUCCCUGCAAACUCAGUCCUUGGAUACUCUCUCUGUGCUGGCCCGUACCAUUGGCAAAGAUGUCUUCAGUCCUCUUGCUGCAGAGUGCGUUCAGCUGGGCCUCAACCUCACUGACACCAUUGAUGACCCUGACUUGAGACGCUGCACGUACAGUCUGUACUCUGCUGUAUCCACAGUCAGCCCAGAGUGCCUGACUCCUCACCUCACUGCCAUUACAACAGUCAUGUUGCUCGCCCUCAAAUCUAAUGAAGGCAUUACGGCACACCUUGAGGAAGACAAGACAUUUGUCCUGCUGGAUGACGACGACGACGACGAUGCAGAAGAGAAAGAUGUGGAUUUUCUGGAAGAUGAGCCUGAGACGGAUAUCCAUGAUGUUGCAGGGUUCAGUGUUGAAAACGCCUACAUUGAUGAGAAGGAGGACGCCUGUGAUGCACUGGGAGAGAUUGCCUUCAGCACUGGUGCUGCCUUCCAGCCCUUCCUGGAGUCCACUUUCCAGCAGGUUUACGAGAUGAGAGAUUUUCCCCAUGAGGACGUCCGCAGGGCAGCAUUUGGAGCCAUGGGCCAGUUUUGUCGAGCUCAGCAUCAAGUGUGGAAGGAGAAUACCACUGAGGCCAACCACCAGGCCCUGCUGAAGUUGCUGGAUGUGGUCCUUCCUUGCUUUGUGGAAACAGUGCGAACAGAGCAAGAGCGCCAGGUCGUGAUGGGUAUCCUGGAAACCAUGAACAAUGUCAUAAAGUCAUGCAAGGAGGAAGCUUUCAAAAACCCCUCACGCCUUCAGGAGAUCAGCCAUGUCAUCCGUGAUGUGCUCAAGAAAAAGACCGUUUGUCAGGACAGUGGUGGGGAUGAAGCCGAUGAUGAAGACCAGCAGGCGGAGUAUGAUGCCAUGCUCUUGGAGUUUGCUGGGGAGGGAAUUCCUGUGCUGGCCUCUUCUGUGCCUGCAGACAAAUUUGCCCCUUUCCUCAAUGACCUGCUGCCUCUCAUCAUGAGCAAAGCUAAAUCCACAUGCACUGUGGCAGACCGGUCUUUCUGUGUGGGUACAAUCGGAGAGAUCCUGCAGGCCCUUGUGAGUGUGCCUGGGGGCCAGGGACUGGCAGGCCGACUGUCCAACCGUUUGCUUCCUGUGCUGGUUGCUGGAGUGAGGGACAGUGAUCCUGAGGUUCGCAACAACAGCGUGUUUGGACUUGGAUGUCUGGCUCAGGCAGCUGGACCCAUCUGUGUAUCAGACUAUCCCAUGAUGCUGUCUGUGUUUUCCAACAUGCUGACCAAAGAGUCAGAUCUCAGGGUGAUUGACAACCUGUGUGCUGCCCUCUGCAGGAUGAUCAUGAGCAAUGUGGAUUGUGUCCCCCUUGAGCAGGUUAUGCCUGCUAUGGUGGCUCGUCUUCCCCUCAAGGAGGACAUGGAGGAGAACAAGACAGUGUUCAGCUGCCUGGCUAUGCUCUACAGACACAGUCCUGCUCUGAUUGUGAAGCUAAUGAAGCCCAUAGUUGCAGCUUCCAGUCAUGUCCUUGGCAACAAUAACGUUGAUAUAGAAACCCAGAACACUUUGGUCAUGCUGAUCAAAGAAUUUGCCCAGCAACACUCUGCAGACUUCCAAGCAGCUGUGACACCACUUCCCAGAGAGCAGCAGGCCAAACUUAGUGCAGCCAUCUCUGCCUCGUAGCCCGCACAC